CCUCGGCAGUCUCAUUGAUAACCACUUUUGUGUCAACUUGUGCCGUGCCGAUCCGCGCUUGCGUCCGUCGGGUAUCAUGAUAUCGCGAAUUUCGUGUGCCGUGUGAUAAUAUGAUUCGGGAUUGUUGGUGCGAUGAUAUCAUGAAUUCCUCGCUGGCUUUGUUCAUCUCGGGGGGAGUGUCUUUCGGUGUGAUAGCCGCGCUGUGCUCCGGGAUAUUUUACCUCGUCGUCGUUGGACUCAAAAAUUCCAGUCGGCUGAGAGAGAUCCUCGACUUGCCAUCCCUCGAGUAUCCAUCAAGCCCCGCCGCCGUUUCCACCUCAAAGGCGUUGACUCUAGUCUCGGUUCAGCCGCGCAAAAGCUGCAAUCGGUGCUACAAAGCGGCCCCACUCCGUCGAAAAUGCUUCAAGUGUCGUAUGAAAGUAUGCCGGGCAUGUUCCUACAAAGGAUUUUGCUCCACUUGUAGGAUACCAAGAGAUGAAAAUCGGAAGACAGGGGACUGGUUUUAUCAACGACUCCAGAAAGAAUUCAACCUCAAAGUGGCGGCCAUAGCAAAUAACUCGGAUCUCGAUGGAGAAGUACGGGAGUUUAUGGAACGUCUCGUCGAGACUCUCGUUGGAGGAAGUCUUGAUGACGUAUCACUCACUCCACUGUCUGAUCAUCCAGACUAUGAUGGACUUUGUGAUCGGCAUCAAGAAAUUUUGUCUCUCACCCUUGCUCGCCUCUCAUUCGGCCUGCAUAUGGCCAUCGCAAACAAGCCAUUGCCAGAACUUGAGUCUCCAUCGACAGUCACAUCCGAGCUGAAAACUCAAGUUCAAAAACUAACGGAUGAAGCUUUGACACUUCCAGAACUUUUGGAUGAGGAUUUCAUAUCAAAAAGUUCCGUGAACACAGUCAAUUUAGAUGGACAAACGUACGAGGAUAUAUUGGCGAAAGCUAUCAUCAACAAAGUGGUUGAAAAAAGCCAAAGAGGACAAGGCAGCCCAACAGACAGUAAAAAUAACCUAGCUAUGACAGUAUCGCCUAACUUCAUUCGUAAAAGAAACAAGCUCCUGUCGAGUGACAGCUCUGACAUGAAUGGAACAAGUCAUUACAGUUGGAGCGAUUCUGCGCAGUCAGACCCUAUAUCUUUGAAGGUUGAAGAACACAUUGAAGAAGUGACUACGAGAUAUAGCUCUGAUGAUGAGGAAAAAUCAGACUUCGACAAUUUCUUAUCGAAUUUGAACUUCUUGAAAGGGCAGCGCGCGCCAUGCCCUGAAUUAGGUUGUGAUAUAGUGGAUGCGGGUGCUGCAUCCUCCUCGGAUGAUGACUGGUCGGAGAACGAUAGCACAGAUGGUUUGGAUAUAGUUAAUCCAGUGGACUCGUGGGAGGAAAACUGGUUGUUCCAACGCAGAAGAUUAGCAAAAAACAAUUCAUGUCAUCAGCCUGUGCCAGUCCCGAUGUUGGUGCCGAACCCAGCUCUCGAAUACAGGGCGCUGAUUGGGGAUGUCGAUGCGGAUGAGAUGUCAGACUUAUCUGAAUGCAGUGACUCUGUUUUGGAACAACUGAUAGAUGAACCGAGCUACAGAAGUCCUAAUACCCAGAGUGCUCCUCCUGAGACUGAUGAGACAGAGAAUGCAACUAGUAAUUUCAUCAGUAUAGAGCAAACUGUUAACAUCACAAUGAACGCUAAACCGACAGAAAGCUCUGAGACAACAACAGGAAACAGUGAAAAUCAACACGAAGCAUCGGAAGUGAUGACCAAAGAUAGUGUUCCGAACGAAAGCAGUAACGCAAAGAAAGCCACAAAGUUGAAAAAUUCUGCUUACUCCUUGUCAAGAAGUUCACAUUCAAGUUCUGAGAGUGAUGAUGAAGACUCACCAUCGGGUGGAGAUAUAGUACAAGCGAAAAAUGAGAAUGUGUUAUUAUCACAACAUGAUUCUGAGGAUGAAUCCAUAGAUGCUGAAAUGCAGCAACGCGAUAGUGAAUACACGGUCGCAACUGUCGCACAGACACAUCCUGUACCUGAUUCCAAAUUCGGUGGAUUAAAGAAUGACGUACAGUCGUCCACAAAAAGUCGAGAUGAAGACUCUAGUGAUGAAGGUCCAACUCCUCGGCCAGGAACCAUUGCUGAGCGAGAACAUAAGAAGUGGGAGAAGGCAGUUCCGUUAGCUAAUAAUCCAUACUCUAAAGAAAACAUUGACAAAAGACUUAAGAGUAAUUUCAUUCUCAGUAAUCGAGCGAACUGUGAUACACCCCUGGAAUUCAUCUCAGAACAAACCAUUCACGUAGGCAGCAAUUUACCCGACAUGAAAAGAUACAGCAGAGACUUUUACAUUAACACUGACGAAGAUCAAAAUGAGGUAAGUCAUUUAAGAAAACAUUUUUAUGGCGAUUUAGAGAAAUCCAUUGUGCAUUCUGAUAUCGAUCACUUAGCUUUUCGUGCUCAGCAUUCCACACCGCACUUCACGAAGAACCCGAUGUUUGACGAUAGUGACCUGGACUCGCUGCCGCUGAGAGAAAACCGAUCAUCGCCUUCAAGUAAAAAUGUAAAUAGUUUGGAGUCAGGAUACGCCAGUUCCGCAGAUUCGAGAACAUCAAAUCCGGAGUCAAAGAAUCCAAUGCCCGAAAGAAGAAUUUCUCAAGAGACAAAAACUUGUGAAGGCUCACAACAGGUUUCUGUAAGAGUAGAGGUGGAUGUGUGGCCUGCAGAAAAAAUAAUACAACACCAAUCUACGACAUCACCGGACGAUUCGCCUCAAGUCUCCCCGAUCAUUCAAACGACUGUCAACAUGAACAAGAUGAAUGGAUGCCGGCAAGAGAAAGAGUUGGAGGUAGUCGAAAAACCAGGGGUGCGAAUCAGCUCUUGGGUUGAUAAUGAGAAGAAAACGGAUGAAUUGGACGAGUGCCACUCCUUGCCGUCGGUCAAGGAAUUAGCUAAACACUUCUCAACAGGGGAUAAAAACGAGAAAAACCAUACGAUAGUGAAGCCGACGCCUGUUGUUCCAGCCAUUCCUAAAAUGUUUGAAAUGAAACACAACUACCCAUCAAAACAGAUUCAUAGCCUGACAGCUCGUAGUAUUUCUCGAGAGUUCCGCGAAGGACUACGAUGCAGUCAUAAUGUGAUGCGAAAUAAUGUUUUACUGCCAACGAAGCCUCUUGAAAUGAGCAAGGAAGAUUCAGGGCACGUUUCAGAUGACAGCGGCACUGCAUCCCCGACUCCUACCAACAUGCCAAAGCUUCACGAUAAUAUAGCCUUUUGGGAGCAAAUGACUUUGAACAGUUAGAGUCUCCCUGUAGAAUCAACUGAAUUCCUACGUGCCAUCAAGCAACCAUCCAUUGUGUAACAUAAACGUUCAACUCCUGCCUGAGAGUAAUUGAUACAAUAGCGUUUGGAAAAACCAUUGACCUCAAAGAGAGAUCCAUCUUGCAAAAAGAAAAAGAGGCUAUAGAAAAUUUCUUACGAUAGGUGUGACCGAUAAUUUGGAUCAUUCAUAACUGCUUUCCCUACUUAAAAAAACUAGUUCCUCACGAUCAAACAUUACAAAAACAAAUUAUGCUUCAUGUUUUUUUUUUCCUUUAUUUAUUUUUAGAAUAGUGGAAUCUUUUAUUGGCUUUUGUAAAUAAACAUUUUAAAGAAAACCAAGAAGAAUCAGUCGGAAGGAACUUUUUACACCCAAUAAACACUCAAAAUUAUUUCUCCCUACAAAAAAUAGGGUUCAGUCACAUAUUUCCUUUUAAGAGUACUCUGAUGCAAGUUGACUGAGAGCAGAAGAAUCGAUUUCAAAAAGAGUUUCGCAAAGUGCGACUGAAUUUGGCAGAUGUUAGUUGAAGGAAGUUAGAUUACUUUCUUGCCACAGUCCAACUUAUGAUCACUCAUGGUUCAAAUACUGAUCCCGGUUUUGUUGCCAAUCUUCCCAUUUUAUCAUAAAGAUGUUACUUAUUUUUCUUUAGUUGAAAAAAAAUUGAAGAAAACUCAAGAUAAUAACUGGCGUAAGAAAAAAAAAAACCAUCUGUCAUUCUGAAACAAACUUUCAAAGAGAGCUGCAUUGUUACAGCUGAGCAAAAAGUUGCCAAGAGACCAUUUUUAAAGAUUCUUGGCCAUUGUUGUUAUAAAUGUAAUAAAUUAAGUUUAAAAAUGUGUAAGACUUAUAUUUGUUGAUUUAUGUAAAAGAUAUGUAAAAAUAAAAAAAAACAUAUUGUCUUAAAA